CUGGAGGCCGAAAGGCUGGAGGCCGAAAGGCUGGAGGCUGGAGGUCCACAUCUGGCUGUCUGUUCCCACAGGGGGCAGGUGGUGCUGGGCUACAACGAGGUGGAGAUCAGCAUGAAGGGAUCCGGAUACAUGUUCAUCCACGCCGCCGACAUGAUGCACUGCGCCGAGAACCACACGCGCAUGAUCAAAACUGGGGAAACUGGAAUCACCAUCUUCAGGCUGCUGUCCAAAAGCGGCCGCUGGAUCUGGGUCCAGUCCAACGCCCGCAUGGUGCUGAAGGCGGGAAAACCGGACUUCAUCGUGGCCCGGCAGAGGGCGCUAACCCAGGACGCCGCGGCGCUCAGCUCUCUGAGCGACGCCGCCUUCCAGGACUCUCACGCCACGCUCAGCAUCCCGGGGGACGCCGCGGGCAACGGGGGCCCCGCCCGCGCGGACGCCGCCCUGCAGGAGGUCAUGUCCACGCUGCAGGACAUCCUGGAGGACGGCGAGCUGAUGGGCGCCCUGGAGGUGGCUCCGGAGGAGCUGAAGGGCUGGGAGAGCGCCCUGCUGCGUCUGAGCGGCGAGGCGGGCGCCGACCCGGGGGACGUGCUGUCCUACUUCGAGGAGCAGCUGCAGCUGGAGGUCCCCGUGGGGGCGUGGCCGCCGCCGGCGCCGCCCGCCCCGAACGGCGCCCCGGCGAUGGCGCCGCCGCUCAGCCACCUGGACUUCCCCCCGGUGGCCGUGGCGCCGCAGCCGAACGCCGUGAUCCCGUUGGCCGCGCCCCGCCGCCCUCAGAACCAGCUCGCCGCCGCGUUCCUAAUGCCCGACCCAAACGGGCCGCCGUACGCCGCCCCGCCGCCGCACGUCGCCGCGGCGACCCUCCAGGGGCGGCGGCCAAACCCGGCCUUCAGCCAGUGGAACGGCGCCGGCCAGAACAUUUCAAACGGUUUCCACGCCGACGCGGCGGCGCCCGGCCUCUUCACGCCGGCGCUCCACGAGCCGCCGUGGCCGCAGCGGCGCCCGCUAACCGCCGAUGAUGUCAUCGGCCGGGCGCCGCUCAGGGCGCCGCACGCCGCCACGCCGCCGGUAAGUUAUUUUUCUUCUUUGUGGAUCCCUUUAACCCAAACCAAACCCUCAGAGCUGCCUUUGUCUCCACAGAUCAGCAGCCUGGGCGGCGCCGGCUUCCCGUUCCCGCUGCUGCCCAACGGCUCCUGCUUCUCCGACAGCAAAUGA